CCAAGCCCGUUGCAGCAACAAUUCAAAGGAUUUGUCGAGGCUUGAUUUUUCAAGGGAGCAUUGUUGUUGUUGUUGCUGUUCAUAUCUGUGCUCGUUGGCGUUAGAGAGGUGUUGCUGAGUGCGAAUGGACCGGAAGAAGAGAGUUCGCGACGAAGACGAGGACGACAUGGCGGCGAAGAAGGAGCCCCAGCCGUCGGAGAGCCGCAGUUUGUACGAGGUGCUCGGUGUGAGCCCCAAUGCCACCCACAACGAGAUUCGCAGGGCAUACCACAAGAGCGCGCUGCGUUUGCAUCCUGACAAGAACCCCGACGAUGAGGAUGCCAAGGAGAAGUUCCAGCAGCUGCAGCGUGUGAUGGCCAUCUUGAGCGAUCCCGAGAAGCGAGAAUUAUAUGACCAGACGGGAUCGUUGGACGCUGCGGACAUGGACGGCGACGCGGUCAAGAGCUUGUACAAGUUUCUCAGGACUUUGUUCAAGCAGGUAACGGAGGAAGACAUUGACUCCUUCUCAGCAUCCUAUCGAGGUUCGAAAGAGGAGGAGAAGGACUUGAUUGCUCUUUACUCCAAGUGCAAGGGUGACUUCAGAAAAGUGUUCAAUCAGAUGAUGUGUUCCGAUCCGCAGGUUGAUUCUCACCGGUUCAUGGACAUCAUUGAUGCCGCUGUAUCGUCUGGUGAGCUGAAGGAGUUCAAAGCGUAUCGGAAGUGGGCUGCGGAGGUUGCGAAGACUCCACGACAUCCGAAUCCUCUCGGUCCCUCGACAAAAAAGAAGAAAAACGGCGACUCGACCUCAGAGCUUGCUGCUUUGAUCAAUCAUCGUGGGCAGAAGCAAAUGGAUUCUCUUGCUGCAGCUUUAGAAGCGAAAUACGGAAAGAAAGGAAGAGGGGAGAAGUGUGGCAAGCCCAGCAAAGCUAUUGAGGAGCCCUCUGAGGAGGAAUUUCUGGCUGCGCAGCAAAGAGUGAUGAAGAAGGCCGGAAACGCCGGCAAGUCGGUGGAGGGGCCUACAGAGGAAGAACCAACAGGUCCUCAGAAAAGAGUUAAGAAGAGUAGGAGAUGACCUGGACGCCAAACUCUCUCCGGAGGAUGCUGCUUCUGAACUAGGCGUUUUACCCUUGUAUCUUCUUGCUGGUGCCAAUCAGGAGCAGUAGAUGUUACGUUAGGAACUGGACUUCAUAAAAUUUCGAGAAUAUUUUCCAUAUAUUGUAUAGUAUUGAAAUUCACAAGAAAAAAAAUGUUUCGUGGCACUAAUGUAUCACUUGUUUUCUGAGUCACUAGUGUUUUUCUCAUUAUCCUAAAUUGCUGGCAGCGACCAUUAUUUCUUGCAAGCGAAGCAAAACAUCAAUCCCGACAGUCUCGUACGACAGAUAAUCUCUGCAUACUUCAGACAUGUGUGAUACGUUGUUGCCUGGUCGCAAGAUUCACUGAGAUCUAACUCCAAUAUUAUUUGCAAAUAUAGACUAGUGUGCUCGUCUGAACUAUCACAGAGAUAGGAGGGUUUUGUUUUUUGCAUCAGCUAGCUCUCAUUGAGAAAUCCCGACCUAAAGUUCGGCAGUGUGUCAAGGCGAAAUCAAACGACCUCUUGACAUGGUUUUAGUCGAAUUCCAUGUGGGCUAGUAUGGUUAAAUUUAGUAAUUCUAAAUUGCUCGAGUGUCGUAUCGAAAAUAUUUGCGAAGCUCAAUUAUACCUAGGAAUCUAAAUGUACCCACGAACUCUCGAGUGACGUAUGUCCGCAGUUAUAGUUACCACCUUUAGGUUGUCGCCAAUGAAACCUUAAGCUGAGACUUCUUACAGUGAUUCAUCGUGGGCUUCCUUCUCGAAUCAACUCGAGGAUUGAAAUAUUAGAGAACUGCAAGUGGACGCAGGGGAGAGGAAAAUGCGGCGUCAGCUCGAGCUACGAAACCUCGCACUGAUGGAGCGCCAGCCUCCACUUCCCGCCCGCUCAGUUCCGGCUCCCGCCUGCUCAGGUCCUGCUUCCGGUCGCUCAGUUCCGGCUCUCAAACGCGGCCAGAAGAGAAAAUCGACCUCCGAGCUAGCGCCAUCUACGUCGGGUGUUACCACAGUACGUGCUGAGGACGCGCCGAACAAAGGCUUCAUAGGAGUGCGCUGGCGGCAAUACCCUUACGGCAUCAGAUUCAUUCCUCGCGUGCGAGUGCCCAAGACACGGUACGAUCUACCCCUUGGCGAGUACCGCACAUGUGAAGAAGCCGCGCUAGUUCGUGAUGUGGCUGCAUACUAUUACGGCAAGAAAGGAGCUUUCAAUUUCAGGAAUGACUACCCCAGCUUCCUUCCGGAGAUUUCUUCUCAGCUUUCUCGCCAGGAAAAGAUCGAUUGGGUGUCCGCUCGUGCCAAGGAACGCGGCAGGACUUUGUUUCCUAAGCCUCUCAACUCUGUAUCCCUCAAUACCUCUUCAUCUUCGUCUCAGUCAAAGUUAGUCUUGCCUCCACCUCAAUCUUUGCCCAUGCCCAUGCCAUUUGUUAGUAAUGCUCACGGCAAUCCUCUCCUUACUGCACAACCCUUGCCUGCCGUCACGGUUGCAACAUCCAGCCAUGUCCAGAGGCCUUGGACUAGUUCUCCAGUUGCUCCAUUAUCGCUGCAAAGCUUCACGUUUUCUUCUCUACAAUCAAGGAAGCAUGAAAGUUGAUCCGUGUGUAGCUCCUGUAUCUUGAAUUGAGUGCAACUUUGGAGGAGUUUCACCGAUCAGUGCAACUGGCUGCACCUGUAAGUUUCAUUAGCUUUAGUUCAAAGAGGUUGAGUUUCAUUAGCUUUAGUUCAAAGAGGUUAAUAGGGCUUACAAAUUCUAAAGCUCUGUUUAUAGGCUCUGUUAACAGGCGUAGAUGUCAUACUUAGGAACUGAAGAACUGAAAGCAUCCUUGUAUAUAUAGAGCUUUCUAAAUGAAGCUUUGGCAUCUUAUGUAGCCCUGC